AUGAGCUCUUCUCAAUCAGAGAGCCAGCCGCUGCUGCACAGCUCUCCAACCAAGGUCAUAGCUUUCGAACCCCACGAUCCAGACGACCCCCGGAACUGGUCGAAAGCGCGAAAAUGGCUAAUGGUCGCCGCCAUCGUGCCCAUAGACCUCAGUGUCUCCUGGGGUGCGAGUGGUUUUAGUCCUGUCGCGAGCGACUUUGCGAAAGACAUGGGCGUGUCACCGAGCGUUGCGGUUCUUGGACUGAGCAUGUAUGUUCUGGGGUUGGCUUUUGGUCCUAUGACUUUGGCGCCUCUUUCGGAAUACUUUGGAAGGAGGCCUGUCUAUAUCGUGUCCUAUGGCAUCUUUCUCUUACUGCUUUUGGGGACGACAUAUGUAGAGAGCCUCGGACCGUUCCUUGUCCUGCGUCUGUUCUCGGGUUAUUUCUCAUGCACCACGAUUUCGAACUUUGGGGGCACCAUUGCGGAUCUCUUUCAUCACCAUGAAACCGGGCCAGCAAUGUCUUGGUUCCUUUGGGCAGCGACAGGUGGCAGCCCGACUGGCUUUGUGCUCUUCUCGUUCAUCGCGCAUGGCCGAUCGUGGCAUACUGUGUUCCGCAUCAUGUUCUUCAUCUGCUUGGCCUUCUGGGUGGUCAUGGUCGUCGCGCUCUAUAGCCUUGGAGAAACAAGACAUAGUGUGAUCCUCUUGCGGAGAGCACGAGCCCUACGACAGCAAACAGGCGAUGAUGAGAUUGAGGUGCCGGACGAAAUGAAGCAACGAGGACCGAAGCAGCUGUUCACUACAGCACUCGCCCGCCCAUUCAGAUUCUUGGGCUCUGAAGCUAUCGUGCAGUUUGGUGCACUCUACAACGGGUUUCUAUACGGCUUGAGCUUCCUCUUUAACGGAGCCUUUCACAUGAUCUUUGGCCCGAACGGAUACGGUUUUGAUACUAUCGGCGUCGGUAUCUGCUUCCUCGGGAUUGUCGUCGGCAUCACAUUUGGCCUAGCUACCAACGUCUUACAGGAAAGAUACUACCAAAGGCGGGUUUCUCAGGCUGGCCAUCGCGACGUCCCCGAGGCGCGAGUGCAUCAUGCGAAGCUGGCAGCUAUUGUUCUACCAGUGUCUCUUCUGGCUUUUGCACUUACCGCAACGCCAAACAUACAGCCCUUCUUCGCAGUUCUCGCCAGCGCAUUCUGGGGAUGGUCAUUCUACACUCUCAUUCUAAUGACCCUUACUUACACUGAAGACGCCUACAAAACGUACUCAGCAUCAGCCCUUGCCGGGAUUGGACUCAUUCGAAAUCUUGCUGGUGCUGGAUUCCCACUCGUCGGAAGACACCUGUUCUUGAACGUAGGCACCAGGAACGCGAGUCUGGUACUGAUGUCGAUCGCUAUUUGCCUAGCGCCAAUACCAUUCGUGCUUGAGAGAAGAGGCGUAUCAUUGCGCAAAAGAAGCCCAUGGGCGGCCGCGCAUGAAGAUGAGGACGAGAACAGCUGA